UCUUUCAAUCUCUAAUUCUCAUCAAUCUUCUCCACACCUUCAAUUCUCCAGUUGUCCAAUUCUCUUUUCAACAUGAAUUCAUCCGACUCCGGCUUUUUCCCCGAUGAUCACGAGCCUAACGAGCACGCCAUGUGGAUCUUCCAACAAUACAAGAGUAAUCCAACGUUGUUCGAGACACAACCAUUGCGGUACGUCUAUGAGCGGGAGUCAGUUCCGGAGACUCAACCGGAACCAUCCGGCACAAAAAAAAGUGCACGCCGGAAGAGCCACAUAGCGAAAGGCACUCAAGCGAUAACCGAGCCUCCUCUUCUUUAUUUAGAUGAGAACAAAUCUUUGAUUCUGAAGAUUGUGGAGAGCCAAAACUCAGGCAAACAUGCUGAGUGUGCCGAGAACCAAGCCAGGCUUCAAAGGAACCUAAUGUAUCUAGCUGCAAUUGCUGAUUCUCAACCCCCACCUCUCACCAUGCAUUCUCAGUAUGGCACGGCGGCGGGAGGCGGGAUGGUGCAGCAGCCGCAGCCGGGGGCGCACUACAUGCAGCAGCAGGGGCCGUCACAGCACGCGCAGCAAAUGGCGGCGACCCAAUCCCUCAUGGCGGCGCGCUCCUCCGCGAUGUACGGGCAGCAGCCGAUGUCAGCCUUGCAGCAGCAGGCGGCGCUGUACGGGCAGCUGGGGAUGGGCUCCGGCGGCGGGAUUCAGAUACUGCAGAGCGAGGCCGCCACCCACGGCGGGGCCAGUUACGGGGACUUCGGGCUGGGCAGCAGCGGGUACAAGCAGGAGAUGCACGGGAGCGGAGACGGCGGACGGGCGGGGAGCUCCGGCGGCGGCGUGACGGACGGAGGGGACACUCUUUACUUGAGAUCGGCGGGCGGGAAUCAAUGAACGCAUGACCACCGCCGUGCGUGCGCGGCGGCCGGCGGCCGGCGGCCUAGGUAGUGCAUGACAUGUAAUGGAAUCUAAUUAAUUAAGUUAGCAUCUCAUGUACGUUUUUGGACUCUGUGUUUUCUUUUUUGAUCCAAAGUACGUAAAUCUCAAACGUACGUUGGGAGGUUGAGGUUUAUGUACUCUACUAAUGUUUUUUUUAGCUCCUCAACUUAUUAUGGUAAUUAAAUGCAAUCCUGUGCG